AUGUCGAAAUUAAGACAAACUGUUCUAUCUAAACGAAAUCUAACUAAAAAUGAAGAUGAUAAAUCGAAAGCAACACUUAUGAUUGAGAAGGAUAAAACUGAUGAUAAAUUACAAGUAAAAAAAGGCAAAAAACGAACUGCUUCAACUUCACCAGCUAAGAAAGUAAAAAAAACUGGAUCAAUUGAACAAGUUGAUGAUGACACAGAAAAUAUUGAAGAAUCGAAAAAUGAAAGCAAACAAACAGGCCCAAUGACAUUAAAAACAUCAGAUCGUUUAUCAUGUAAAGGUGAAAAAGCAAAUCUAAAACUUGUAUCAUGGAAUGUAAAUGGAAUUCGUGCAUGGAUAACGAAUAAAGGUUUAAAAUAUAUUGAACAAGAACAACCAGAUAUUAUUUGUUUUCAAGAAUUAAAAUGUGAUAAAGAAAAAAUUCCAAAAGAAGCAACACCUACCGGAUACAAAGCUUUCUGGCUUUCCGGUGAUCAAGCCGGUUAUUCUGGCGUUGGUCUAUUAACGAAAAUUGAUCCGGUCGAUGUUAAAUAUGGCAUUGGUGUUGCUGAACAUGAUAAUGAAGGACGCGUGAUAACAGCUGAAUAUGAUAAAUUCUAUCUUGUUGUAUCAUAUAUACCGAAUAGUGGUCGUAAACUUGUACGUUUAACAUAUCGACAAAAAUUCAAUCAAGCCUUUCAUGCGUACUUAAAAGAACUUGAUGGUAAAAAACCAGUAAUAUGGUGUGGAGAUUUAAAUGUUUCGCAUCUCGAGAUUGAUUUGGCCAAUCCGAAAACGAAUACGAAAACUGCUGGUUUUACAAAAGAAGAACGAAAUGAUUUUUCAAAAAUUCUUACUGAUGGAUUUAUUGAUUCAUUUCGACAUCUAUAUCCCGAUAAACGUGAUGCAUAUACCUAUUGGGCUUAUUUUCGCAAUGCUCGUCAACGUAAUAUCGGUUGGCGAUUAGAUUAUUUUAUAUUAUCAUCGGCUCUACAAGAAUAUCUAUGCGAUUUUAUUAUUCAAAAUCAAGUCUACGGGUCAGAUCAUUGUCCAAUAGUUUUAUUAUUGGCUGUUUAA